CUUGUAAGAUUGUAGCACUCCUGUCGGCCUCAUAUGCUUCCGACGCUAACCAUCCGAACACACACUCGACUUGCCUUACAGGCCAACACCUUCAGGACAUUUGGAGGAAACCGUGCAGUCAGUACCACAUCAUCACAGCGUGGAAUGGGCAAGAACAACAAGAAAAAGAGCAGUCUUCCAGACGAGAAGCACCUUCUUCUACCGCUUCACAGCACUACAGCGACCACACCCGUCGUAGACACGCAUACCCAUCUUUUGGCAACGUAUUCAUGGUACAGGAGCAAGUAUAGUACGGCAAAGUUCAACGAUAUCUACGAGUUCGUUCGCGGCCUCUAUGUCGGCCGGAACGUCAAGGCGAUCGUGGAUGUGUGGUGCGAGCCGCCUGUGCCACGCAUCUGGAAGGAACUGGCAGAUUCAGCGAUAUCGUCUCAGGAUCGUGCGGCAAAGUGGGGAGGUGUGGACUACUGGUUUGUGAUGGGUGAGUUCCUCUGUCGUAUCACUGGGUGGGGGUCGAGAUCCCUGGCUAACGACUCGUUCCAUCUGUCAGGGGUACAUCCUCACGAAGCAAAGCAUUACAAUGACGAGGUGGAAAAGACUCUUAUAGAAGCCAUGGGACAUCCUCGGUGCGUUGGUUGGGGAGAAAUAGGACUCGACUACCAUUACGACCACUCGCCACGUCAACUUCAACAGCAGAUAUUUACUAGACAACUACGAAAAGCGGUUGCACUAAAAAAGCCUCUUACAAUACACACGAGAGAGGCCGAAGAAGACACAGAACGCAUACUGAAGGCAGAAGUACCGGUCGAUCAUCCUAUCCAUAUCCAUUGUUUUACCGAUUCCCCAGAGUUAGCGCAACGACUACUAGACCACUUCCCCAACCUGCAUAUUGGUGUCACCGGCGUCAUCUCGUAUUCCACUAAUCUUAAUACCUCCGCCACUGUGCGACAUAUGGCCUCGCGGCCGGAGGGACCGCGAUUCCUUCUAGAGACAGAUGCGCCGUACAUGGUCCCUGCUAACAUCUAUGACUCGCUGUCAGAUGUCAAGGGACGACUCCCGCUUUGUCAUACUGCUAUGAUCCCAUGGGUGGCGGAUUUUGCCGCUGCCAGUGGGGUGGACGGAUGGGACACAACUAGGAUUAUGCAGCGCGCCAACGAGAACGCUUGCAAAGUGUAUGGCAUAACGAUUAGUUAAUUCAUUGAUGAGCUUAUAUAUGGAAAAUCGUGGAGGUAAAAGCGACAUCGAUUGUAUGGCGACCCCGGAAAGAUGAAGGAAGAGUUAACAAGUACGAAGAGCACGGGAGCUGAAGUGCUCGAGCGCACCGACAAUGUCUUAGAAAGCCGAGGAAAGGUGGUUCGGAAUGAGCUACAUAACCUGCCGCCUUCUGGUCUUGUAGAUAUAAGACUGCACCUGGUUCGGUAUAUUACCCCGGCCAAUGGUCCAGAUUCAACAUCGGAG